UAUAAGGAGGACAUUCUGACAGGAAAAGAUCUGAACAAUAUUAAUGCUACAGAUAUGAAGGAAGAAGAAGAGACAGAUGUGAGCGGUAAUGAGCAGUAUAAGGAGGACAUUUCAACAGGAAAAGAUUUGAACAAUAUUAAGGCUACAGAUAUGAAGGAAGAAGAGACAGAUGUGAGCUGUGAUGAGCAGUAUAAGGAGGACAUUCUGACAGGAAAAGAUCUGAACAAUAUUAAUGCUACAGAUAUGAAGGAAGAAGAAGAGACAGAUGUGAGCGGUAAUGAGCAGUAUAAGGAGGACAUUUCAACAGGAAAAGAUUUGAACAAUAUUAAGGCUACAGAUAUGAAGGAAGAAGAGACAGAUGUGAGCUGUGAUGAGCAGUAUAAGGAGGACAUUCUGACAGGAAAAGAUCUGAACAAUAUUAAUGCUACAGAUAUGAAGGAAGAAGAGACAGAUGUGAGCGGUGAUGAGCAGUAUAAGGAGGACAUUCCUACAGGGAAAGAUCUGAACAAGAUUAAUGCUACAGAUAGGGAGGAAGAAGAAGAGACAGAUGUGAGUGGUGAUGAGCAGUAUAAGGAGGACGUUCCUACAGGUAACCGCCCAGAUUCUUGUAGCAGGAGAUCAGAGGAGAAUCUUAUAUCUUCAGAUUAUAAAGCAGAUGAUGAUAUCACACAAGAUACAUAUGAAGAACAUUCCAUUAUCCCAGAUACACCCUCAGCCCUUCACAGCCAAGAUCUGUCAUCUCAUCCUUAUAUACAGGUCCUGUCUUCUCACUCAUCACAGGAUGUUCAGCAAAAAGAAAGUCAUAGAAGGAAUGAUGGACAUCACCGAGCUCAUACAGGAAAGAAAACAUAUUCAUGCUCAGAAUGUGGGAAAUGUUUUACUCAGAAAUCAGGUAUUGUUACACAUCAGAGAUAUCACACAGAAGAGAAGCCGUUUUCAUGUUCAGAAUGUGGAAAAUGUUUUACUAAGAAAUCAGAUCUUGUAGUACAUCACAGAACUCACACAGGGGAGAAGCCAUUUUCAUGUCCAGAAUGUGGGAAAUGUUUUGCUAAGAAAUCAGAUCUUGUUAGGCAUCAAAGAACUCACAAAGGCAAGAAGCCAUUUUUAUGUACAGAAUGUGGAAAAGGUUUUACUAAGAAAUCAGAUCUUGUAAUACAUCACAGAACUCACACAAUAAAGAAGCCAUUUUCAUGUUCAGAAUGUGGAAAAUGUUUUAAUAAGAAAUCACAUCUUGUUGAACAUCACAGAACUCACACAGGAGAGAAGCCAUUUUUAUGUUCAGAAUGUGGGAAAUGUUUUACUCAGCAAUCACAUCUUUUUAGGCAUCAAAGAACUCACACAGGAUGGAAGCCAUUUUCAUGUACAGAAUGUGAAAAAUGUUUUACUAAGAAAUCACAUCUUAUAGUACAUCAAAGAACUCACACAAGGAAGAAGCCCUUUUCAUGUUCAGAAUGUGGAAAAUGUUUUAAUAAGAAAUCACAUCUUGUUGAACAUCACAGAACUCACACAGGGGAGAAGCCAUUUUUAUGUUCAGAAUGUGGGAAAUGUUUUACUCAGCAACCACAUCUUGUUAGGCAUCAAAGAACUCACACAGGAGGGAAGCCAUUUUCAUGUACAGAAUGUGGAAAAUGUUUUACUAAGAAAUCACAUCUUGUAGUACAUCAAAGAACUCACACAGGGAAGAAGCCCUUUUCAUGUUCAGAAUGUGGAAAAUGUUUUACUAAGAAAUCAAAUCUUGUUGAACAUCACAGAACUCACACAGGGGAGAAGCCAUUUUCAUGUCCAGAAUGUGGGAAAUGUUUUGCUAAGAAAUCAGAUCUUGUUAGGCAUCAAAGAACUCACAAAGGCAAGAAGCCAUUUUCAUCACAGACUAUUAACCUCUUAAGGACUGAGUGCGUAUCCAUACACCCCCGUUUUAAAGUCUCAUCACAGGAUGUUCAGCUAAAUAAAGGUCAUAGAAGGGGUGUUGGACAUCAACGAGCUCAUACAGGAAAGAAACCAUAUUCAUGCUCAGAAUGUGGGAAAUGUUUUGCUAAGAAAUCACAUCUUGUUCAACAUCGAAGAACUCACACAGGGGAGAAACCAUUUUCAUGUUCAGAAUGCGGAAAAUGUUUUACUGACAAGUCAAGUCUUGUUAAACAUAAAAGAACUCACACAGGAGAGAAGCCAUUUUCAUGCUCAGAAUGUGGAAAAUGUUUUACUGUCAAAUCAGAUCUUGUUAAACAUCAAAGAACUCACACAGGGGAGAAGCCAUUUCCAUGUUCAGAAUGUGGAAAAUGUUUUACUGGGAAAACAAAUCUUGUUCUACAUCAAAGAACUCACACAGGGGAGAAGCCGUUUUCAUGCUCAGAAUGUGGAAAAUAUUUUACUCAGCAAUCACAUCUUCUUAAGCAUCACAGAACUCACAAAGGAGAGAAGCCAUUUUCAUGUUCAGAAUGUGGAAAAUGUUUUACUGAGAAAUCAAUUCUUGUUCAACAUCAAAAAGCUCACACAGGGGAAAAGCCAUUUUCAUGUUCAGAAUGUGAAAAAUGUUUUACUGACAAAUCAAGUCUUGUUAAACAUAAGCGAACUCACACAGGGGAGAAACCAUAUUCAUGUUCAGUGUGUGGGAAAUGUUUUUCUGACAAAUCAAAUCUGGUUAAACAUGAAAGAGCUCACACAGUGGAGAAGCCAUUUUCAUGUUCAGAAUGUGGAAAAUGUUUUAAUGACAUAUCAAGUUUUGUUAUACAUAUAAAAAUUCACACAGAGGAGAAGCCAUUUUUCUGUGCAGAGUGUGGAAAAGGUUUUAUUGUGAAAUCAAAUCUUGUUCAACAUCAAAGAACUCACACAGGGGUGAAGCCAUUUUCAUGUGCAGAGUGUGGGAAAUGUUUUAAUCAUCAAUCAGGUCUUGUUAAACAUCAAAGAACUCACACAGGAGAGAAGCCAUUUUCAUGUGCAGAAUGUGGGAAAUGUUUUACUCAGCAAUCACAUCUUGUUAAACAUCAAAGAACUCACACAGGAGAGAAGCCAUUUUCAUGCUCAGACUGUGGAAAAUGUUUUACCCAGCAUUCACAUCUUGUUAAGCAUCACAGAACUCACACAGGAGAGAAGCCAAUUCAGAGCAGUAAAUUAUGCAGAUAACACAUCUAUAUAUUAUCCAUGUACAUAGGAUAUCUGACAUUUAUACAUAUAUCAUAUACUGCAUCUCCAAAC